AUGGCGGAAAAAGCUGGAAGCCGUGGUCGAAGAAACUCGAUUCUUGGGGGGCUGAUGGCUCGGAAGUACGAAAAUAGGCCGCCGCCCUCUUCAGAAGCCAAAAAAGUCUCCAACAGAGAUUUACUCCAGGGCGUGGCUAGCUCCUUUUUAGAGGCAGCAUAUCAGCGGUUCAGGAUAAGCAAAGAAACAGAUGUUAUUACAAUAGACGAUGACUAUGAACAAUUCAUUCAGACUUCCGCUUCGGAGAGCUCAGACGGAUUUUGGAAGGAUGAGAAUUUCAGACAAGAAUAUGAGCAGGAAAGCAGCGCUACAGCUGGUUCGUCGACCCCAGACGCGAAUGAAAAAGCCGGCAUUUAUGAAAAAUCCAAGAAGACCGCCAGGCAAGAGCAUUUUAUCGACAUUUUGCUGGACAAGAUGAUAUCGACCAUUUUACCAGAGGAUUUCCCGGAGCGCGAGCAAUUUACUCUGAGAGUAAACGAUCCGGUACGCAAAAAACGCCAAACGCUGUCUGCAACGAUAUUUGCGCACAAUCUCAAAGUCUUGACUACGAAAUUGGGGAUACUGUUCGAAUUACAAGAUUGCGUGAUCCGUUUGAUCUCGUGGAGAAACCCAUCAGGGACAGUCACUAUGCUGAUCCUUCUGACGAUGAUCUGCUUUAAUCCGAUAUAUUUGGCAAUAAUACCUCUACUUUACAUUCUUUAUGGGCUCAUAGUACCGGCUUACAUUCAUCGACACCCACCCCACCGGACUUUCUUUUUACCCAGACACACCUACGGGAAGUCAUUGAUCGUUUCAUUGGCAAGCGGCGGGAAGAAGACCAGCUGGCACCCCAGUGAUGACAUAAAAGAGUACGACUAUAACCCGGGUCUAGAUCAAGAUGACAUUCAGCGUGCGCACCAUAUCAAGCAAAGCAUGGAGUUUGUGGUUAAUUUGCGGGACUUACAAAAUAGCAUGUCUGCGAUGGUUUCGCUUUCUAGGAGUAUGGAAAAAUUCAUAUUUGGAACUGCGGGGUUCAAGGACGAGCACCGAUCUACUGCGCUUUUCCUAGCUGGACUGGGAACAUUGUUGUUGCUGUGGCUGAUAUCUCCUCUCAUCAAUUGGAGUAUUGUGUCUUCUGUGGGCCUAUGGUCAUUGAUGGUCACCAUUCAUCCAAAGAUUCGUUCCAAGUUAGCUCGUGCGGUGAAGAGAGAGCAGAUGGAAAAAGGAAAGGAGGUCUUGAUUAGGGCAGAGCGCUAUGAUAUCUUGCUAGAUGAGCCACCAGACGUUAGAUUUAUCGAGUUGUUCGAAAUAUACAAGCGGGGGCUUAUGCCCAAGGAUUGGACCUUUUUAAAAUACUCCAGUAAUGUAUUUGACCCUCAAGAUCCUUUUAGGAAGGCACAGACGCCCCCUCCGGGUGUUGAUACACUUGAAGAGGUACAGCCCCCAUUGACGUGGUCUUUUGACAACAACUCGAAGUGGGAAAUCGAUUUCGACGCCGCUAAGUGGUCUAGGGACCGUAAUUUGUUUCAUGAUGUGGAUUCUGAGUUUCUCGUUGACGACCAGUUUAAACGUAGAAGACUUGUGCGGAAAGUUUUGAGAUACGCAGGUCCGGCUCGGAAACCAUCGUAUAAGUGA